UGCGAGUCAACACAUACGACGCUUACCCUACCCGACCUAACUGACUGCCUGCACCUGAGUGUAUUCGAAAAGGUACCACCUCUGGCUGUCAUCACUUGCGAUACACCUGCUCAUAAACUUAUCGUUUAAAGAAAGAACAGCAGCCACAUUGUGAGAGCAUAUCAAUACGCCGCCAGCACCGCUACCGCGAACAUGGCGCAGUCCGGCGUCUCUGUCGCUCCAGAGUGUAUCCAGGCCUUCAAUGACCUGAAGCUUGGCAAGUCAACGAAAUGGAUUAUCUACAAGCUUUCCGACGACUACAAGGAGAUUGUGGUGGAGGAGAAGUCAACCGACGGAGACUAUGAGAAGUUCCGAGAAAAGCUGAUGCAUGCCAAGAGCAAGAACAAGCGAGGCGAAGAGGGUAUUGGUGGCCGAUACGCAGUCUUCGACUUUGAGUACGAGGCACCUGGUGGUGAGGGCAAGCGGAACAAGAUCACAUUCAUCAGCUGGGUACCAGAUGAGGCGCCGCAAUACCCUCGCAUGAUGUACUCGUCCUCGAAAGAAGCAUUGAAGCGAGCGCUUAAUGGGCUGGCCUCCGAUGUUCAAGCCAACGAGCCGGAAGACAUUGAGUACGAUGCUAUCCUGUCGAAGGUGGCCAAGGGUCGCUAGGAGCAGUUGAGCGGACACGCGGUUGAUGCAGCGCCGCAUGAGCAGAUUCACAGCAAACAUCACGUGACGUAAUCGAGCAGAUGGCCGCGACGACGAGUACCGAAACUUAGCGC